AUGUCUCACUGGACCAAGGGCAAAUUCCGACAGCGCGAGCCGCCGCCGGCCGUGUUUGUGCAGGGCUCGCCGACGACGUCCAAAGUGUCGCUGUCGGGCAAUGUUGGAGUGGUGGGCGGCCCAGGCAGCGGGAGUGGCAGCGGAGGGGGAGCAGGCGGCAGCAGAGGGGGUGGAGGGGUGCUGUCGCCGGUGAUGCCUACGCUGCAGCGGACGGCAUCGCGACUGAGACAAGAGGUGGCCGGCAACACGGCGCCACCGCGAACGCCGUCAUCGGGCGGCGUUGUGUCCGAGAAGGGAGGCGGUGUUGGCAGCAGUGGUGGAGCAGGCGGUUCGGGGUCUCCUUCCAAGGCAGCAGCAGCAGCGACGUCGGGGGCAUCGACAAACAACGCAUUCUCGCUGGCGCUGCCGCUGUCGCUGGGACGGCCGUCGUCGUCGUCGCGGGCGACCGAUAGGGCGGAUUCACUCUGGGCGGAGAUGCAGGCCACGCUGGAGGAGGUGGAGCUGUCGGCGUCCGAGGGCACGCGCGUGUUUGGGCCCGACCACGACGGCAAGCUGGCCGAGCUGCGCCAGGCCCAGAUCGCGUUGGCCCAGGCGUGGGCGCGCAGCGAGGCCGACGAUGCCAUCGAGACGACGUUGUCCUCGGCUGCGGCCGCGGCGACGGCAGCAGAGACGGCCAAGACCGGAACCACAGCCGGAGCCGGAACUGCGCCCGGAACAGCCACAGGAGCCGCACCCGGGACAGCCGAGGGCGAGCAGCUCCAUGCUACGAUGAGCAACCUGGCCAGAACGACGACGGCAGGCACGACUCCUUCGGGCGCGCGAGACGACGUGUCCGGGACGGCUGGAGCAGACGGCAGCACGGCCGGGACGGCUACAGCGAGUGCGGCGGCAGCGGCGCGGAUGGAGGCCGAGGAGACGCAGGUAGACAUCUUGCUGGCGCGCAAGCGACGCGAGGCCAACGACCGGUACUUCCAGCGGGUCAGCCGCGGUGUGCUGGACGUGGUGGCCAAGCUGGACGACGUGGCUGUGGCCAUGCGGGCGGUCGAGCAGGAGAGCAAGGAAAUGUUUGGGGACAACGGGGUGGAGGAGGAGGACGAGGGCGAAGGAGAGGCCUAG